CCUUGCGCUCGCAUUCACUCGGAAGGCACAGUAUCUUUGUAAAGAAAGAUUGGCGACAGUGAUUAUAAUAACAUUGAUUUAUUUACAAUAACGCGUGAUCUUUCCAUCCAAAAAAUGACUACGGCAGGAAUAAUAUUAUGCGCGUUGCUAAAAGUAUUGAUACUUAAAGAAGUCAUGCAGAUGCCUCAAGAGAAUUUCGGAAAUGCUUUCAUCCAUUUCCGCCAUUAUCGUAUACCUUUGAAGAAUGAAAAUAAGGCUCUAAACGAGGAUCCCAUACAGGAAUUUGGACCUCCAUUGUGGCAGAGUGAAGAAAAUAACGACGCCAUAGAUAGCCACUCCAGGAAUCACUUUUUUCCGCUGGACCUGUAUAUAAGAAGAAUGUUACCUAAACAUUACUUCGGUAUGCCUAUAAGAUCUAAUGUCAGAGUAAAUGAAGAAAUUAAUUAUCCUUUUACGACCACAACAGAAUCUAAUAAACUCAACGAAGAUUCACCUAAAAUUACUUAUAUUUUUGCGAACAGAAAAGAAUCUGUCGAUUCUAUAAAAAGUGAUGCCUUCAGCGUUCCUGGGAUGCCUAAUUUAGUAACACUUCGCAAUUCUGUACGCCAGUUAUAUUGGGAAUCCGUACAAACUAAUCACUCGGAAAUAAUUUUGUAUCGAUUGGAAGGGCGUAUCAUUGACGACAAUUAUAACGAGCAGUGGAAUUUAUAUUACAAUGGAACGAAUAAUUAUUGGAUUAUUCCUGGGGACAUGAAUCAAAAGUAUCAAUUUCGAGUACAAGCUAAAAAUGGUUUCGGUUGGAUAUCGGCUUGGAGUCAAUUAAGUGUGAUCAAUUUAACACAAUCCACCGAAACAUUGACUGCAGAAUAUUUAACAUUAUUAUUAAGCAUCAUCGCGAUUGCUAUUAUUAUAAUAUUGAUGUGCUUUAUCAUUCAUAAUCAUUUUUUAUAUCGAUAUCGACAAAAACAACGCAAAAACAACAAAAAAAUUUUAACACUGUCUGAAUUAGCGAAAUUUCGUGAAAUAUCUAAUGGAAACUUUGUUCAAUCCAAUCUAUAUGUUUCUACAUUGCAAUUUGUUUCGAAUUAUACCACAGUACCUAAAAUCAGACAAGAGCAAAUUACAUUGGAAAAUUUCAUAGUAAACAGCAAAUCCGGAUAUAUAUUUCAAGGAAAAAUGAAAGAAUUGAAGAAUGAGUUGAAUGAGAGAGUAGAAGGAUCAGGCACAAUGUCUGUCACCAUAAAAACGUUAUCAAAAAAUGCCUCCACGCGAGAAAAGACGAAACUUCAACAAGAAGCCAAGCUUAUGAAUCAGCUUCAACACAAACAUGUGUUAAAAUUACUAGGCGCUUGUUUUGAAUCAGACCCGCCAUUACUUGUGUUUGAAUUAAUGGAGGUUGACCUAUUGAACUAUUUAAGAGAUAGUAACUAUAUGCAGCCUACAGAUUCGCAUGUUUUGUAUUUACAAGACUUGCUCUCCAUGUGCGAAGAUGUUGCGCAGGGCUGUUGCUAUUUAGAAGAGCUGUACCUCGUGCACAGAAAUCUAGAAUGUCGAAAUUGUUUAGUAUCCGCGAAAAAUCGCGAAGAUCGUAUCGUCAAAAUCGGCGAUUUUGGUUUUGCUAAAAAUACUUUUGAACAUGAUUAUCAGGAAGAUGUGCUUUCAAUUCGUUGGAUGUCGCCGGAAUCAUUAAUAGAUGGAAUAUAUAAUUCGCAGAGCGAUGUUUGGGCAUUUGGAGUAUUAAUGUGGGAAAUUAUGUCAUUAGGCCAGCAACCCUAUUUUACCAAAUCCAAUACUGAAGUGGUGAAUUAUGUACGAGGAGGUGGCAGAUUGCCGAAACCUUUUUACUGUCCUGACCCAUUGUACGAGUUGAUGUUACGUUGUUGGAGCGCAGCGGCUGCCAGACCAAAUUUCAAAGUUUGUCUCGAAAAUAUUGUUACUUUGAGAAGCAAUGUAGAUAAUGUGAUAAUAAAUAAUGAACGCAUUGGAUUAACUGCCGAAGAAUCUCUCUCUUGGAAGUCUAACAGUUCCGAAGAAAACCGAAACAAUCACCUUUCUUGCGAAAACUCCAACAACACCAGUACCACAACAACAGAUGUUGAACAUCUGUAUGAACGUUUACAAAGUACUUCGUUUAAUUCAAAUCUCGGAUCAAAACUUGACGAACAUGAGCCAAAUCAAUUAGUUCAAAUCGAAAAUAUAAUUUAGCAUUAGUUCGAAAAUAUAAUUUACUCGUAGGCAUUAGACAAGAGUGGAAAUAAUUUCCAACAAAGAUGGAAAAUUAUACGAUAAAAAAUCAUCGAUCGAUAAUCUUUCGUUAAUCGUUAAAUUUUUAGUUACAGUCGUUAUAUCAUAAAACUGCAACAAUAGCAUAAAUUAUUAUAAAAACGGUACUAAGGAAGAACUUCUUGUUAUCUUUGAAUGGCUAUAGA